GGCAAAGCUAGGCUCAUCUUGAUAGUGGUAAGAUAAAGUGUAUCAGAAGUGCUUAUUUGUAUGAACCAAGACAGAAAAGGCCAUGCCGAUCAGUUUCACCAAGAGGGAACAAAGGAUUGUCCCACUUUCCCCGCUUCUUUCCCACUUGAUAAGCACACAGAUCUUCUACCUUCGUUUUUAUAUCCUGUUAUAUCAUCUUUUUAUCUUCUGUAUUCUUUGUCUUGUCUUUUGUAUAUUGUAUCAAUUGUAUAUUCAGCCAAAUGUCUCCCUCCGUAACAGAAGACAUUGACCACGUGCCAAUCCUGAUCAUCGGCGGUGGUCCCUCUGGUCUUUUGCUGGCAUUUAUGCUAGCUCAACUUGGAGUCCGCUCCCUCAUAACCGAACGCUAUCCCACCCGCCUCGCAGCUCCCAAAGCACACGCUCUCUCCCCACGCUCUCUCGAAUUAUGUCGCCAAUUCGGGCUCGACGUCAACACGAUCCGCAAUGUUGGCACCAGACGCAGUGAUGCGUACUGGGUCAACUUCAUCACCAGUCUGAGUGGACAGCAGGUGGGGAGGUUGCCGUAUGAGCGUAUGGACCCGGGGGUUUUGGAUGCGACGCCUGCUAUGAUUCAUAAUAUCCCACAGCCUGCAUUUGAGGAUUUGGUGGCGAGGAGAUUGGAGAAGAACAGUUUGGUGGAGAUUCGGAAGAAUCAUUCCUUUAUGCGGUGUGAGGAGUUUGAUGAAUAUGUGAUUACGACGAUUGAAGAUCGAAAUACGAAGCAGGAAUAUAAGAUUAAAUCGAAGCAUGUUGUUGCGUGUGAUGGCGCAAAGAGCGCUGUCAGACGACAUUUGGGAAUUGAGUGUGAGGGAGAGGAUUCGCUCGAAACAAUGAUGACCAUCCAUAUCAAUGCGAAUCUGCGGCCUGUUGUUGGACAACAAGUGGGCAUGCUGCACUGGGUUAUGGACCCCGAAGUGUCUGGCUUCAUUAUUGGAUAUGACCUGUCUGGGAAUCAAGUGUUGAUUUGCAAUUUUGAUUCUACGAAACAUCCAGUCGAAUCGUGGAAUGAAGAACUCUGUCGCAAGACUGUUAAUGCGGCCAUUGGCAGAGACACUCCCUACGACGUCCUCAGUUACAGACCGUGGAUUCUCAGUCGAAAGGUGGCCAAAUCGUAUCGAUCUGGACGUGUUUUCUUAGCCGGAGAUGCAGCUCAUUCCUUCCCUCCAACUGGUGGGCUCGGACUGAACAGCGGCCUGGGAGAUGUGCAUAACCUGGCAUAUAAACUAGCUGCUGUUCAUCAUGGCUGGGGAGGAGAUAGACUCCUAGAUAGCUAUGAAUACGAUCGACGACAAGUAGCUUUGGUGAACUCAGAACAAAGCGUCAAGAACGGAAAGCAGAUAUUCGGUCUGCUGAAGACGAUGGGAACUACAGAUCCAGACGUCAAAAUUGCACGGGAGAAUCUCUACCGCAACCUUAAAGAUGCCAAAGUGAUGGAAGAGAUUAAUGAAGGUAUUGAAGGACAGCGAGAGCAUUUCGACAACCUGGGACUGCAUGUGGGAUACGUUUAUGGCGAUCGAAAGAUCCCAGAGAAUGCAUCCAUCUACGAACCUGUCUGUAUCCCAGGUGCCAGGCUGCCACAUGCUUGGAUUCGAGUUUUAUCAGACAAAGUGCAGCUUCCUCCGAUUGACUCGUCGUAUGUGUCUGAAUUGAGUGAAGAAGAAGUGAAAGCAAAGCAAUUCUCAACACUCGAUCUGUGUCCAUUCGACACUUUUACUCUCCUAGUUGAUGCUGAAUUUGCCUCUCACUGGGAACGCCAUCUUAGCAUGGUGCGCUCUUCAUUACCUACAGUUUCUUCAUUGAAGAUUCAACUUAUGGUACAUGGAAAAGAGUUUGAACUGCAGCCUGGAAAGGGCAGUGAGAAGUGGGCAGAGGUGAUGAAGCUGCACAAGCAGGCUAUCUUGAUCCGUCCUGACCAGCACAUUCUGGCGUGUUUGGGUGGUGAUGGGGAUGUUUUGCGUGAACUGAGAGAUCACCUACAUUUUGAAUAUACAUUAGACAGAGUAUCUCAACUAGACUAGACUAUCUCAUUCUCAUUCUCAUUCUCUCUUAAUCUUCUCAUCUCUUUUCUUCCCCGCAUCCCCGGGAAUUCCGAAUCCCUU